UGUGAGUAUGGCAUGGUGCACGUGGUCUCCCAGAGCGGAGGCCAAGGCAAGGAUUACUGCAUCCUGUACAACCCACAGUGGGCACACCUGCCACAGGACCUCAGCAAGGCGUCUCUUCUGCAGCUGAGCGACUGGACGUCCUCACUGCUCUGCUCCCCUGGUGACCUCCCUGCCAGUGGUUUCAGUGACCAGAUCCCACUGGUGGCCCGUGGGAAGUGCACCUUCUACGAGAAAGCGCGACUGGCGCAGGGCAGUGGGGCGCGAGGGCUACUCAUCGUCAGCACGGAGAAACUGGUACCCCCAGGAGGCAACAAGACGCAGUAUGAGGAGAUUGGCAUCCCCGUGGCCCUGCUCAGUCACAAGGACAUGCUGGCCAUCUUCAGGCGCUUCGGUCGUGCGGUGCAGGUGGCACUGUACGCACCCAACGAGCCGGUGCUGGACUACAACAUGGUCAUCAUCUUCGUCAUGGCUGUGGGCACAGUCGCCAUCGGUGGCUACUGGGCUGGGAGUGGGGACGUGAAGAAAAGGUACAUGAAACACAAGCGUGACGACGGGCCUGAGAAACAGGAGGACGAGGCAGUGGACGUGACGCCGGUCAUGAUCUGUGUGUUUGUGCUCACGUGCUGCCUGAUGCUCGUGCUGCUGUACUAUUUCUACGACCAACUCGUGUACGUGAUCAUCGCCAUCUUCUGUCUGGCCUCCUCCACGGGACUCUACAGCUGCCUGGCGCCCUGUGUGCGCAGGCUGCCUUUCUGCAAGUGCAGGGUCCCGGACAACAGUCUACCCUACUUCCAUAAGCGCCCACAGGCCCGCAUGCUGCUCCUGGCGACCCUCUGUGUGGCUGUGAGUGUGGUGUGGGGUGUUUUCCGCAACGAGGACCAGUGGGCCUGGAUUCUGCAGGAUGCUCUGGGCAUCGCCUUCUGUCUCUACAUGCUAAAGACCAUCCGCCUCCCGACCUUCAAGGCCUGCACACUGCUGCUGCUGGUGCUCUUCAUCUAUGACGUCUUCUUCGUCUUUAUCACGCCCUUCCUGACCAAGAGUGGAAACAGCAUCAUGGUAGAAGUGGCCACUGGACCCUCAGAUUCUGCUACCCAUGAGAAGCUUCCCAUGGUGCUGAAGGUGCCCAGGCUGAAUGCCUCACCACUAGCACUGUGUGACCGGCCCUUUUCGCUCCUGGGUUUUGGAGACAUCUUGGUGCCAGGGCUGCUGGUGGCCUACUGCCACAGAUUUGACAUCCAGGUGCAGUCUUCCAGGGUCUACUUUGUGGCCUGCACCAUCGCCUACGGCAUUGGCCUCCUGGUGACGUUCCUGGCACUGGUGCUCAUGCAGCGUGGCCAGCCCGCCCUCCUCUACCUGGUGCCCUGCAUGUUGGUGACGAGCUGCGCGGUGGUGCUGUGGCGCCGGGAGCUGGGCAUGUUCUGGACGGGCAGCGGCUUUGUGAAGGACCAGCCCCAGCUCCCAUGGUCUCCAGCCAAGGGGCCACAGCCUCCAAAGGACUCAGACACCCCCCGCUCACAGCAGCCUCCAGGUGAAGAGCUGGUCAAGGCCCCCCUGCCUGCUGCACAGCCCCCAGAACCAGCCAGUUCCACAUCUGAGGAGGCCAGGGCUACAGCCUCUGCCCAGGAGGCUGGGAGUCCAUCGGGCUGUACCACGAGCCCAAGGGCCAGGACCAGGUCCUGCCUGGGUCCCCAGCAGUCAUCCAUACCAUGCCAAAAUGAUGUGGGAUGCCCGGUGCCUGCCGGAGGAGAUGGUGGCCACCACCCAGGCAGGAGACCUGUGUGGUGUGGUCCCCAACAUGGUGCUCAGUCCUCAGAGGGCCCCAUACCUGCUCCUCUCCUUGCCACAGCUGUACCCUGUCCCCCAGCUCUGCUCUGCACUUGGCUGCCAUGACCCCCCAGCUCUGCAGUCCUCCUGGCCCCGCGAGGCUCACUGUACUGUCCCUGCCCAGCAAGGCCAGCGCAGUGAGUCCCCCACAUUUGGUGCUUUCCCCCGUUGCUUCCCUUGGGCUCUUCCCUAGAAGAGCCUGCACUAGGCAGGAAGAAAAUGCAGAAGUGGCUGGUGGUGCCGGUUCUCAGUGUGACAUCAGCUGAGUUAGGUCCAGGCUGGGACCUGAGGACAGGGUGGAGGCAGUAUGGGGCAGGGCUCCUGGAGAUGGGGCCACCAUGCAGGUGACAGCAAGCAGAUGGGCAGAGAGCCCUGUACUCUUCCCACUUGUUAACAAAGGCUCACUGCGCCCUGACAUCCUGUGUCACAGGAUCACCUGUGGCCUGCAGGUCUCAAUUGCCCCGUGAGGCAGUGAGGGCAGGCAGGACUGGUUGAGGGCAGCCUUGGUGUAGAAGUGCCAGCAGCAUAGUACGGGUGUGGCCGUUCAGCCAGGGGAGGCAACUUUUGGAACAAGGAGUAUAUUCUGGAACUGGCUGUCUGCCCUAUACCUCACUGAUGGGGUCCUUGGCCCCACACUGGAUAUGCCUGCAGCCAAGCAAACCAGGGGUGGGGGUUCCCAUACGUGUGCUGCAUGUUGUCACUGGGAAGCAAGAGUCUGGCACUCCACACAGGCAUCUGCCCUGCUGCCCCCCAGUUUCACAGCCUUCAGCUUGAGUCCAGAAAGGAGGCAGAGCCCUUCCACUGCGCUGUCCCGUCAGGAGCUCAGGGCAGCCAUUUGGCUCUCACCAGGCAGGACGCAGGAGGAGCCGUGCUCCCGCCUCAGUGCACCAACCCCACUGCAGACAGCCUGUGUUGGGGGCCCCAGCUGCAGGGGAAAACACUGUCUUCCCAAAAAAACGUAAAAAAGCAGGGUCAGUGCAGACAAGAACAACUGGACCUCUCCCUGUGCUCGCUGACAAUGGGCCAGAGGGCUGGCAACCUUGCUUCCGCCACUCGGACUGCGCCUUAACUUAAGCUGUUUUGUACAUGGGUGUUGGGUGGGCACAUCUGUCUCCAUAUUGGGAAUCUGACCAAUGUCCAGGAGUUGCAGGUGGGGGUGACUUUCUGCAGUCUCCAUUUGUAUGUUUUACCUUGCUCCUGUCAACUCAGAUGAUUAAACAUAGCUUUUGAUACUCAGUGCCUGCAAUUGUCCUGGGUGGGCUGCCCAUGUGUGGUGUGGGCAGGAGGCAGGCAAAUCCAGAAGCAGUGUGCUGACUACCUGUGCAGCACUGGUCCCUCAGGUGGCUUCGGGGUGCAGGGACCAUCUGCAGAAGCUCAGUUCCCACAAAUCCUUGCUUGCUGUUGAGGGAGGUGAGCCAUGUAAGGGACCAGACUUGGCUCCUUGUGCCUCAGUCCACACCUACUUCCAGGAUGAAAGCCCCAUCCAUAACACACAGGGAUGCAGCCUGAGGUUGAAGCUGUGAGAGACAUGCUAAAACGGUUAUUUGAAGUUGAUUUCAAUCCAUCCAUCUGCUCAAGAAGGGUGCCGUCGGGGGCCUUUAUUUUUGGGACUUACUGCCCAGAAACAGCAUGGCUUUCAGCUCCAAGUGUCCCUCCUGCAUGUUGCCUCUAGGGGUCACGGGCCCUGCUGCGGAAGAAAAACUCAGAUCCCCUGGCCCCAGCAGCCUCAGGCAGGUCUGUCAAUCUGUCCCUGUGUCUUCUGUAAGGUGGGAUCAACAUCAGGCCUACCGCAGGGCAAAGCAGCUCAGGCGCCAGAGAUCAGGUGCCUCCUAUUGCAUUGCCAAGAAAUGGCAGUCCCUGUUGAGUUGAUGCUCAGGGUUCAUGGGGAAAGGUGUCUCUGCCAGUGAGGCAAGCACUUGGGGCCCAAGAUCUGUGCUCAACUUUGCUCACUUGGCGACCCUACGCCACAGCAGGUGGUGGACUUUGCCUUUGCUAAGGGUGGCAGGGCUCGAUAGGAGCACAGGAAGGGAGGUCAGCAUGCUGCAGUUCUCUGUGUCUUGUGGUUUACCUUACAAAGUGGAACAACAAGGCAACUGUAGGGGCCUUUCACUAAACCAACCAGAGCUGGCAUAGUUCUCAGCCUUCCACCAUCUUCCAUGUACCAACCUACCCAUCCACCCAUCAUCCACCAGU